AUGCCAUUUGGUCCUGAAAGUAGGAAAAGGGAACUGGAGGUUCAUGAUGAAGUUGAACAUGGCAGUUCUUACUGGACGCGUUCAAAAGCAGGAUCUAGAAGGAAGCCUCCAGAGACUGCUAAAACUGUCUCCAGUAGUGACUCGGAUCUAUCGAUGACUUCUGGUGAAACAACUGAUGAUGAUUCAAGUGAUGAGGAUUUUGAUGUUUUGUCUGUUAGGAAGAGGGCACCAAGGUCUAAGAUGAAGGAGGUUGAUGAACAAGAACAGGAUGGUGACAGUAGCAAGGGAGAUGAUGAAAAAAAUGAUGAAUCUGUGAGCAGAAAAGAAUUCCCAGGGAAGAAUAGUCAAAAGGUAAGGCUCAGUUCUUCAAUUGGGCAACAGGUGGAGGAGCAACGCGGAUUCAAAGAAGGUUGCCGUAUCUUUAGGACUCUUCUUUAUUCUAUUUUGGAUGAAAAGAAUAUUGUACUUGAAGAGCAGGCAUCUAAACAAGCUAAGAAUUUGCCUUCGACGGAGCAUGCCCUUCCUCUGAAGUUCACAUUUGAGUUAGAGAAACCCGAGCUGGUGGAGAAAUCAGAUAUUGAUAAAAUCACAGAUGAUUUGUUUGCUGAGAUGCAAUUUGCUAUCAGGUCCGAGGAAAUGGGUUCCUCUCCUCGCACGGGUGACGGUGCUGGCCCAGAAGCUGAAAGAAACCAAACCACUCCUUUCUGUCAUGGGAAGCAUAAUUUUAUCCUUGACGAGGAGAUUGGGAUAAAGUGCAGUUAUUGUUCUAUUGUGGAGCUUGAGAUCAAAUAUGUAACACCAUCGUUUGGUGAAUAUUUAUUUGCUCGUGAAACAUCAAACAAUGAAUAUGUUUCUGCCAGCAAAGACUUCUCUAUGUUUGAUGGGUUUAAAUUUGAAGGUUCAAAGGCUUGUCUACAGGAUCCUUGCAAUCAUGCCGAAGGAACAGUUUGGGAUGUCUUGCCUGGAAAAAAAGAGAGCAUGUAUCCUCACCAAAUAGAAGGUUAUGAGUUCUUAUGGAGGAAUUUAGCGGGAACCACUCGUCUCAGUGAAUUGGGAAAGGCCGAUGCAAGUAGAGUAGGGGGCUGCAUGAUUUCACAUGCCCCUGGAACCGGGAAAACCCGGUUAACCAUAGUUUUCAUUGAGACAUUUCUGACUUUAUUUCCAAACUGUCUCCCAGUCGUUGUUGCUCCUGCUGGCAUGUUGUUGACUUGGGAAGAGGAGUUCAGGAAAUGGAAGGUACAAUUUCCUUUCCAUAACCUGAACAAUCCAGAAGUCUCGGGCCAGGAAAAUGCAACCUCCACUGGAUUACUGUCCAAAAGCGUGUUUCAGAGCAAAAAUGCGCUGCGCAUGGUAAAGUUACAUUCUUGGAGCAAAGGAAAAAGCGUGCUUGGAAUUAGUUAUACUUUGUACGAGAAGCUGGCUGGUACAAAAUAUGUGCAAGCUGAAGGUAAAAAUAAGAGAAAGAAGCUUACUCGUGGGAAGGAAGAUGAACUGCUAAGAAAGAUUUUGCUGGAGUUGCCCGGCUUGGUAAUUCUUGAUGAAGGACACACGCCACGCAAUCAACGGAGUGGGAUUUGGAAAACUCUCUUACAACUUCAAACAAAAAGGCGGAUCAUCCUUUCAGGCACCCCUUUCCAAAACAAUUUUGAGGAGCUCUUCAAUACACUACAUCUAGUAAGACCAGCAGUUGCAGACAUGAUUUCAUCAGGAGGUAGGAGAUAUUACAGAAAGCAACUGAGAGGGAAAAGGGCUUUUGUGUAUGGUUCAAGUGGGAAAGAAGUUGAUACAAUUGAGAAGCUUAAAGCUACAAUAUCUCCAUUUGUUCAUGUUCACAAAGGUAGCAUUCUUCAGCAAAGUCUUUCCGGGUUGAGAGAUUGUGCAGUUCUUCUAUAUCCGUCCCAACUACAGAUGGAAAUUAUUAAAACUUUACAACCUUCUGCCAACACUUUCGAGUUUGAGCACAAGGUGGCAUUGGUUUCUGUGCACCCAUCUUUGCUCUUACAGUGUAAAGAAACAUCUGUCAGUGAUCCGAAUGUGCUAGAGCAGCAUAGGCUUGACCCUUAUCAAGGUGUGAAGACAAGGUUUAUUAUGGAACUAAUUCGCCUGUGUGUGGCUACAAAAGAAAAGGUCCUUAUAUUUAGUCAGUAUAUUGACCCUUUGGAGUUAAUCAAGGACCAGCUGAAAUCAAUUUUCAAUUGGCACGAGGGAAGGGAAGUUCUCCAAAUGCAUGGCACACUAGAACAGAGAUGCCGGCAAAAGUUUAUUGGCAUUUUCAAUGACUCCGGGAGUGAAGCUAAAGUAAUGCUGGCAUCAAUAAAAUGCUGUUCAGAAGGAAUAAGCUUAAUUGGAGCUUCAAGAGUUGUUCUGAUAGACGUUGUUUGGAAUCCAUCCGUGGAGAGGCAAGCCAUAAGCAGGGCUUAUAGACUCGGUCAAGAGAAGGUCGUUUAUACAUAUAAUCUUAUGGCAUCUGGGACAACAGAGGGGGAGAAAUACUGUAGACAAGUUGAGAAGAACCGUCUAUCUGAGUUGUUUUUCUCCUCUGGUAGCAAGGAAAGAGAAGAAAAGAAUCGUGCUACAACCUUCAACGAUGUCAUUUUGGAGGAGAUGGUUGCGCAUGGAAAGCUCAAAGAUAUGUUUGAGAGGAUCAUUUACCAGCCAAAACAGACGAAUUUAGUCGAAAAAAUCUCUAUCCCUCACCCCAUACCAGGAUCCUCUUAGCAAACAACAAAUGCCAUGGCAAGAAGACUACCAAAUUUUACAAUACCCAGAAAGAA